AUGGCUUUACUCAAUAUUGCAUUGUCAUACCUGGUCCUGACUUCUGCUCUUGUGCAAGGCCAAGACGAUCUUGGACUCAGUAAUGGUUACACCACUUUCGAUGUCGGCAGCCUUACAGGCGAUAUAGUCAAAAGCUCACAGACGCUCGCCUCACUGAAUUCGACUGAAAACAAGUUCGACUUUCUUCCUUCAGAUCGACUCGCACAAUUAGCAUUCAAUGGCGCCCACCACCUUGGCGACAUUACACUUCGAUACCGCACCUCAAGCGGUGGUGCAUGGACAAGUGUCGACUCCGCGAGCGCACGAAAGCCAGUUACACCUCUAAACAUCACCAGUCAGGACGUUGUUGCUGCUGCCGACUUGACACCCACUUUGCCAAACAGACUUCCAGUCAAAAUUACAAGAGAAUGGCUGCAGUAUAAGGAUGAUUUCGCUGUACGCUUCAACAUCACAAACAAUGGUAAUGGAAGUGUGGAGUUGGGAAGUCUCGGAUUGCCGGUGAGCAUCAACAAUAUCUUCACUGAAAGACCCGCCGAAGAGACGCAGGAAAAGUGCACCUUCGCCGACCCUUACAUUGGUCUAGAUGCAGGUUACGUGCGUGUUUCACACCUAGAAGGUACCGGCAAUGCUUUGGUUAUCACACCUAUUGCAGCGGCGAAACUUGAGGCCUGGAGGUUCCUUGGCGAACCGGAGGGUAACUUCAGCUACCAGUCGCAAACUUUUGAAGGCAACUACGAGUGGCAGAUCCAUAGCCUUGCUUAUGCGCAGGAAGAAUGGAACAGCAGCACACCUUGGAACGAGGCAACCUCCAAGAUCCUACAGUCUGGGGAGGUGUACUCAGUCGGACUGCGCUUCUCAGUGGCAGAGAACAUCCAGACGAUUGAGGAUGCUGUCGUCAAGGCUGGGUCUCCACUUGCAGUGGGCAUCCCAGGAUACGUCGUCCCAGCUGAUUCCGUAUCACGACUGUACCUUAACCACACCUCGCCCGUGAAGAGCAUCGACGCUGGAGGUAACUUCAUCAUCUCUGAGCUGUCCUCGCCAGCACCAGCGUACAAGCUGACCCCGGUGGCUUCUGCAUGGGGAAGAGUGCGAGUCACAAUCUCCUACGAGGACGGCAAGACUCAAACGGUCCACUACAAGAUUACCAAGACCGCGCCCUCAGCGCUUGCCGAUAUGGGCCACUUCUUUUCAACCGCAGCCUACUUCAACGAUACCUCUGAUCCGUUCAAUCGCGCACCCUCCAUCAUGACCUACGAUCGUGAAGUUAACAAGAUCGUCGAACAGGACUCGCGAGUGUGGUUUGCUGGCAUAAGUGACGAGGCUGGCACUGGAGCAUACCUAGCCACCGCCAUGAAACAAUUUACCCAACCGAAUGCGGAGGAACUUUCAGUCGUGGACGACUUCGUGCACAAGACCGUUGUUGGUACGCUACAACAGAACGAUUCCUUUAGUGUGAUCGCAAGUGCUUUCUACUACGAGCCAGGUACCGUCAAUUACACAUAUGAAAGCUCGUUCGACUGGACUUCGUGGACGUCUUGGAACCGUGAACGAGCCUACACGACACGUCGAGCCUAUAACUACAUCCAUCCUGUUGCGACUUACUGGUCGCUUUACCGAACGGCAAGGAACUACCCUGACACAAAGCUCCGAGCUGAGUGGUCCUGGUAUCUCAGCCGCGCGUUCAAUACCACACAGUACUGUUUGUCGAAUGAGGGCGCGAACUGCGACUACGCACUUGUCGGACUCAUGGGCGAAUGGGUACUCGGUGAGCUUCUCAAAGACCUCAAGCGAGAAAGCAUGACCGACGAAGCCUCGGCUCUCGAAGCCUCGAUGCGCUACCGUGCCAAUCUCUGGGAGACCCAAAUGGUUCCCUUUGGCAGUGAGAUGGCAUGGGACAGCACUGGCCAGGAAGGCGUUUACUUCUGGACCGACUACUUCAAUCUCCCUAACACGCCCUCAAAAGCUAUUAACAGUAUUCUCGCCUACAUGCCUACUGUUGCGCACUGGGGCUGGAAUGGCAACGCACGCCGUUACUGGGACUUUAUCUAUGGCGCCAAGAUCCGUCAGAUCGAGCGUCAGAUCCAUCAAUACGGCUCUGGCUUAAACUCGCUGCCUAUGCUACAUUCAUAUGAGAAGAGCCCGAAAGACAAUCUCUACGCCCUUCGCAUUGGAUUCGCAGGCAACACAGCACCACUGACCAACAUCGACGAGGGCGGCUUCGCGUCAGCAGCCUUCCACUCGUUCCCCGAACUGCUGAAGUGGGACCCAUUCUCUGGUGACUACGGUCUGGGGUUCUUGGGUCUGAGUCUGGGACAAUGUGUCUACAUUGUCAAGGACGACAGGUUUGGCGUGCAAGCUUUUGGUGGCGACAUCGACGAGGCGCGCUCUACUGCCACAUUGACUGUGGUUGCGCCCAAAGAUGCGAUCAGGAGACGUGUGUUUGUUGCUGAACUAGGACUGAAGGUCGAAAUCAGCGCUGGGGCUAUUGAGGAGGUUGUGUACGACGAGGAAUCGCAGAGCCUGAAGCUCACGCUCGCCCCAGCUGUUUUGGACAGUGCGCUACAGGCCAAAUCCGCUAUUGUCUGGUUGGAGCAGCCUGGCUCGGACGAAGUGGGCUUUACGGUUGCAGGAGUGGAGCAGGAACGAGGUGGCUUUGUAGUCAGUCUCGCGAGUGGAAGCGCAAGCGUGGACAUCACCAAGUUGUAG